AGAAACAACCAUCUGUUACUCUCUUUCUAUUAUUUCCCGGGAAAAUUAACUUCCUUCAACACGUCAUCAUCAUCUUCUCCAAUUCCUCUCUAUAAAUCCUAGGGUUUCUUCUCAAUGGCUGAUCCCAUGAUUUCACAAUCAACCCAAUCAAAGCUCAACAUUGCAGCCUCCACGACGCCACGUCAUCAUCAUCAUCUACAUCUUGAAAACCCAACUCCAUCACCGUCAUCAUCAAAGCAUGUCAAUCGUCUCAUUAAUUCUAAUCAUUAUAUUUCCCCUUCGAGACCAAUUUACUCCGAUAGGUUUAUUCCCUGCAGAUCCAGCUCAAAUUUCGCUCUUUUCAACAUCUCUUUUCCGCAGCCGUCGGCGACGGCGGGGAUAUCGCCGGGAUGUGGAGGGAAGGAGGAUAAUCCUAGUGCGUAUGCGGCGUUGCUUCGGAAUGCGCUUUUUGGUCCCCAGACUCCGGAUAAGAAAGACUGGGGGGCAGGGGCGGCUGGACAGAAUAUUUUCCGGUACAAGAUGGAGACUAGGCAGUCGCUGCACUCGCUUUCCCCUUUCGGUUUUGAUGAUAUGAGUGAUCUUGGUGUUAGUAAUGUUGCUAUUAAGACUCCUAGGAAGGUUUCUAGAUCACCUUAUAAGGUAUUGGACGCCCCUGCAUUGCAAGAUGAUUUUUAUUUGAAUCUUGUGGAUUGGUCGUCACAUAAUGUGUUGGCAGUGGGGUUAGGGAAUUGUGUGUAUUUAUGGAAUGCUUGUAGUAGCAAGGUGACAAAGUUGUGUGAUUUGGGGAAUGAUGAUGGUGUAUGUUCAGUAGGAUGGGCUCAUCGUGGUACGCAUCUUGCUAUUGGAACUAGCAAUGGAAAAGUUCAGAUUUGGGAUGCUUCUCGCUGUAAAAGGAUCAGAACCAUGGAGGGCCAUCGAUUGCGUGUUGGGGCCUUGGCCUGGAGUUCAUCUAUGCUGUCUUCUGGUAGCCGGGAUAAGAGCAUUCUUCAACGAGAUAUACGAGCACGGGAAGACUUCGUUAGUAAACUCUCUGGACACAAGUCAGAGGUUUGUGGACUGAAGUGGUCUUAUGAUAACCGUGAGUUGGCAUCAGGUGGAAAUGAUAAUCGACUCUUUGUUUGGAAUCAACAUUCAAGCCAACCUGUGCUAAAAUACUGUGAUCAUACAGCGGCUGUAAAAGCAAUUGCUUGGUCACCCCAUCUUCAUGGACUUCUUGCAUCUGGGGGUGGGACUGCUGACCGGUGUAUACGAUUCUGGAAUACAACCACUAACUCACAUCUCAGCUGCAUAGACACUGGCAGUCAGGUGUGCAAUCUUGUGUGGUCUAAGAAUGUCAAUGAACUUGUCAGCACACAUGGAUACUCCCAAAACCAAAUAAUAUUGUGGAGAUAUCCCACCAUGUCAAAGUUGGCAACUCUGACAGGUCAUACAUUCAGAGUUCUUUAUCUUGCCAUCUCACCAGAUGGACAGACAAUUGUCACCGGAGCUGGAGAUGAAACGCUGCGGUUUUGGAGUGUGUUUCCUUCCCCUAAAUCUCAAAACACUGACAGUGAAAUUGGAGCAUCCUCUCUCGGUAGAACUACAAUUCGGUGACUCCAGUUGUUUGUGGAGAGUUUCUUGGCUCUGAGAAGACUGUCAGUCUAGAGUUUAUUGUGCUGUUUUAGCAUGGAAGGAAGGUGGUAAAUAUGUUCAUAACCUGGAGAUUAUGUGUGUGGGAACAAAGUUGGUCAGUUUGGUUUUCUCGAACCAACCCAGGACAAUCCAUCAGUAUGGUUUUCUCAAAUCAUCCCAGGACCUAAUAAAUCGAAAAAAGUGGGAUUAGAGGUGAUGAAUUUUCUCAUGGCUCUCAGGAAAUUACUAGUUUCCUUUCUGUUCCCCCUUUGAUUUACUAAUGUAUAGCAUAUACCAUUUAAAUGCUUCUUGCAUUGUAUAUUAACAGACAACAGCAUAGGAUGCUUUGAGGUGUUGGUUUACCAUUUACUCAUAGUUUUUGUAAAUAAUUAUUGCUUCCACAUUUCUCUAUCAUUGAAAUAUAUGAAAUAUUGCUUUGCUGGAUCCGAAUUCAGCUGGCUCGCUUAAAGAUCAUACAAA